CGCUCUGUAACGCCGUUCUUGUUCCCUCCAAGCUCGUGCCCUGGCUCUGCCCCCAGCCAAAGUAUGAAUGGCCUCGAGGUGGCCCCCCCAGGCCUGAACGCAAAUGCCUCCCUGGCAGCCGUGGAUCAAUGUGGCCAGGAGACUCCACUGGAGAACACCCUCUUUGCCUCCUUCUACCUGCUCGACUUCAUCCUGGCUUUUGUCGGCAAUGCCCUGGCCCUGUGGCUCUUCGUUCGGGACCACAAGUCAGGCACCCCUGCCAACGUGUUCCUGAUGCACCUGGCUGUGGCCGACCUGUCCUGCGUGCUGGUCCUGCCCACCCGCCUCGUCUACCACUUCUCCGGGAGCCACUGGCCAUUCGGGGAGAUCCCAUGCCGCCUUACCGGCUUCCUCUUCUACCUCAACAUGUAUGCCAGCAUCUACUUCCUCACCUGCAUCAGUGCUGACCGCUUCCUGGCUGUCGUGCACCCUGUCCGGUCCCUCAAGCUGCGCAGGCCCCUCUACGCCCACCUGGCCUGCGCCUUCCUCUGGGUGGUGGUGGCCGUGGCCAUGGCCCCACUACUGGUGAGCCCGCAGACCGUGCAGACCAACCACACAGUUAUCUGCUUACAACUCUACCGGGAGAAGGCCUCCCACCACGCCCUGGUGUCCCUGGCAGUGGCCUUCACCUUCCCGUUUGUCACCACAGUCACCUGCUACCUGCUGAUCAUCCGCAGCCUGCGGCAGGGCCCCCGCGUGGAGCAGCGCCUCAAAAGCAAAGCUAUCCGCAUGAUCGCCAUGGUGCUGGCCAUCUUCCUGGUCUGCUUCGUGCCCUACCAUGUCCACCGCUCCAUCUACGUGCUGCACCUGCACAGCCACAGGCCCUCCUGCACCGCCCAGCGCAUCCUGGCCCUGGGCAACCGCAUCACCUCCUGCCUCACCAGCCUCAACGGCGCCCUGGACCCCGUCAUGUACUUCUUUGUGGCCGAGAAGUUUCGCGACACCCUGUGCAACCUGCUCUGUGGCAAAAGGCUCACGGGGCCACCCCCUAGCUUUGAAGGGAAAACCAACGAGAGUUCGCUGAGCGCCAAGUCAGAGCUGUAAAGGCCAGCCCUCCGGAAGCCAC